CACCAAAUAGCUAGUAUCGACCCCGUUUCAUCAUCUUACGUUUGCGUUAUCUUUUGUCGUGCAUAGCAUCAUAGGAGGUGGCUCAGGUGUUGCCAUUGUGACAACUACCGCGCCCUUCCUCAUGCUCAUGCUCAUGGUGUCAACAUCUGGUAGUUCGACUUCGAGUCCUCGUGUGGCCAAGAAGGUCUCCGCGUCGGGCUUUUUGCUUCGGCAUCUCGGACCUUCGCUGCUUCUGGGACGAGUCUCUUUGGUCUUCACGACAUUAUUUUCAACCGCGACAUUCGCCCAGUUGUUUUGCCCAGACUGCGCUCCCUACAAUUUCGUCCGUGUUUUGGAUUCAAACACCGGGAAAGGCACCGGCUGGUACGACUCGCGACAUGCGAGUCGGGUGACCCCCCACUGGGAAAACUGCCCCGCUGCGCGUGCCGCGGGUCAACUCGAUCACGAGGCCUGCGCCGUAGAAGCGACGAAGCAUUUGAUGGACGAUUGUGCGGCGGGUGGCUGUCAUGCCGUGAUGCGGGUGAAAUCAGGUGAGACGUUGGAGACCACGGAACUGGUUUGGCCAGGCGAGUCCUGGGGUGGGCCGAAAACCAAGACGGAAAGUUUGACUGGCCCAGAUUCGGACAACUGGCCGCCUGACAUGAUGCCCGCGGGCUGGAUAGAAGCCGGCGUCUCGAGUCCCCUCGCCGAGUUUCACUACGGAAGCGACACCGGGCAAGUGAUCCUCUCGCUGCGUUGCCAAGCCCGGCCGUGCCAACUAAAAGACGGCGGGAACUACGGUUGGGGGGUUCAUUCGGUGACCGGACUUUUGGGGCACGGCGGGACCGCGAAAACGAUCUACACCACGGGUGAGGAUGAAAGGAACGCGUAUAACACGCAGUGUCGCAAGAACGCCUGUUGUGCCGGCGUAGGUCACUGGGAAGCUAACUUUUUUUGGGAAGAAAGCCAGUACCGGUGCGACCAAUGCACCCUGUCGAAGUGCCAUGAGUCUUCGUACAAUAGAGGGCAAACUGUGAAGCAGCCACUGGGAAAUUACCUUUCCUCGCCCAACAUCGUUUCCGAAAACGCGGAUGCGCUGCCCAAGCCGCCGCGAGACUGCGUGGGGACCUGGGAUUUUGCGUCCGACAGUGAACUACAAGCCGCUCAGUGCACCGGCCGCGGCGAAACGGUCACGCGGGUCUACACCGUCACCGUAGAGGAAGCCUUCGGCGGCGCGGCCUGCAGCGUGGCGCCGGAUGAGAGGACCCGAACCAUUGUGUGCCCCUGCACGGCGGUCGGCUAUGAAGCGAGAACAACUUCUGUUGCAGAAGGCGAAGCAAGAACUUCCUGCGAGAAGCUGCCACAGGAGCCGACGACAAAGUCGCCCUCGGACGAUGGCGAUGGCAGCCACGACACUACUGGCGCCACGUCGUCCACAGGCAGCAGUGGUACGCCGGCACAAGAUGGACAAGACGGAGAGCAGCCUCGUACAGGCGACGCGCUACUUGACCCUGAGAACGCACCACUGCCGCAGAGCGGGCCCAACUCGGGAGAUGACCUCGAAAAGAACCAGGGUACUACACAUUCUGGAGGUGAUGUUGAUGCAGCUCCACCAAUAAACGGUAACGGUAACGCCGGAGGCGGUGGCGCAGUACCUGCAGGGUCUCCACUGUCGUCUUCCGAAGUUGAUACUAGGAUUCUCAACGUGCGUCCGUACUUGGGGGCGUCUCGAGAAGACGGGGAGGAUCCGAGCGAGGCGGAGACUGCGUGUUGCGCCACGUCGACGUUCUUGCAAGGGGAAGAAGAAGGACUCCUGCAAGCAGAGGCUCAUAAUGGUGAAGGAGAAAUACACCUCCUGAAGCAAGAUCUUGUCUCCCUCCUGGAGGAAAGUGAACCUCGUGAGGCGGGAGAGGAAGCGGGUGCGCAGCGGUCCGCGUGGUCGACCUCUGAUUCGCCGAAUUCAAAAGACUUGUUUUUACUCGCAGUAUGAAGUGAUGUAACUAGUAGUUGUCUUCGUGAACGUGGUGCGUUUUACUUUUAUAGGAGAUGAAGGACAGCGACAGUACCUCGUUCUUCCCCAAAGUAUGAAAACUGCUCGACCAUUUGCCACCUCGUUUAUCAUCCUUUUGUUCUACAUACUGAUAAUUGUCCAAGGUGACUCUGCCCCCUUCCCGUUCCCACAAAAUGGUGCAGGACGUCGCACCAGCUGGUGUUUCAUUUUUCCCGCCCGCAAGAAAAACAACAGUAGGUCGCAAGACCCCAUAAUGGUCUG